AUGGAUAAACCGCCUCAGACACACGUUGUAUGUAUGGCAAUGUGUAUGGACACUCACAAAAAGGAAUCUAGUGGUGGUGGUGGUGGUCACUGGUGGAGCACUUGGAUGGCGGCGGUCGUGGUGACGACGAUUAAGAUAAUAUUCCAAACAACCCCAAACAUCCCCCGGGGUCCCAGUUCCAAGUUCAGCCACCACCAAGAAGAUCUGCCCACGCAAGACCACGCUGUGUCGUUCGCUCACCUAUUUAAGGGUAGUCCAAAGUACGAGUCCCUGUGAUAACGAUGCAUAAAGACCAUUAUAGGAAAUAUGCACCGUUUUUUCCUCACCUUUUUUUCCCUCAUUCUUCUGUAGGCCGACCACCCGUAUGGCUCUCAUUAAUCCCACGUUUCGGCAAUGGUUUCCUCCCAACCAAUUUGCUCUAACAACAACUUUCUACCAUCCCAGCGCUGAAGCAGAUAAAUUUAUGGGUGCAUCGUACUCGUACUCAUAACUCGUAGUCUAACCCCUGUCAGUCAUUGUGGGUGUCAAACUCUCCAGUUGAGCAGUUUUCCAACAUGAUCAACCAUGUUCGGGUUUCCAGGAUCGAGAACAAAUAGAAUGUCUGACAAUACCUGUACCAGUACCUCAUCGCACACACUGAUCCACUACCCGAGCAUAGAUAGUGGCGCCACGGCAUUCUAUUGCCCGGAUCAAGAGAAUUUAUCUCAUACCGGUACUUAAAUUUACUUUCGCAAGUUAUCCCUCACACGGCUGUGCCACUCAAUGAAGUUGCAACAUAUCAAAUGUGGCUCUAAAUAUGAUACGGCGUCUACUGAAGACCGGGCAUUUUCUGCCAAAGCUCCGCGGUAACACAACAUUUCUAUGUCACCCUCACUCACCACCCCCUUCAGACACCUACAAGUAACUUACAUACCGUGCGGUACUCUACUCGUACUGGUGGUGGCUUGAUCCAUCAUACCCACGCGAAAAAAUAGGAAAAUGGCGUAAGCGAGGCGAGGCGUGGUUGACAGGUUGGACACUGUUACCGUACUGUUCUCUGCUACUCGAGUACAGUACUCGUACCGUAUUUCAGCAUUUCAGCCCUUCGAUCUGCCCCAUGUCCCCUGUUCCGGCAGGAAGAGCAUCCAUGCCAGGGUAGUUGGAUAUGAUAUGGUAGGUUUAAGAGACGCAGUUCUGCACCGCAACUCCAUCACCAUCUCUCCCAUCGAAAAAGAAAAGAAAAAUAACCCCCGCCUGGGCAACCCCUUGGAAUCCGGAUCCAACAAUCGGAAGCACGGUAAUCGUCACAGUGGCAGAGAAAGAGAAGCAAUUGUCCCUGUAUUUGUGCCACACGGUCCCCUGCGAAACGGCCAGAAGAAAGGUGACUGGAGAGGAUACUGAGCACUAAGGGGGUUACCCGGUCAACAUAGAGUACUGUACUGUACUCGUAUCGUGGACGAGCAUAUCGCAGCAUCCACCCGAGUACGGGGGAGCCCACUUGUCUCUUGAAACAGAAUCCGCUAAAGACAAGAUAUAGUCUACCGGUAUUCGAAUCGCUGCAGCUCCUCUGCGCUCCUACACACCCACAGAACGCAUCUACGAGCCUUGCUUGAUAUUUCAAGGGAUAAAACCCACACC